AGGUCUCUCCUUCCUUUGGCUGACUCGCACUGUCUCCAUCCCUCUCCCCCUCCCUCGCGCACACACCACAGCUCUCCUUCGGGUCGGAGACGCCAGCCCGGGGAGGAGGGGUUGCUGGAGGAGAGUCCGCUCUGCGUAAUCCAGUCCGGGACUUGGCUCCGCCCGGAGCGUCGGCCUCUCCGGUGACACUGGAGUAGUGAGCCGCUCGGGGUGAGGCUGCAGCCAACUCCGCUCCCCACGCACUCGGCUGCCUAGGCGCUCGGGACGCAGCACAGGCGCUUCUCCGCGGUGCCGACUGCCCGAGAUGCCCGCCUAGGAGCGUGCGGCCGCGGCCAGCGUCGCCACACCCGGGACACUGAGCUCGGGGUUGCAGAGCCGGCCAGAGCCCUGCGACUCUGCCUGAACCCCCACCCCGCCCCCCGCCCUGAAAUGACUAGUUAAUGGGCGCUGGCACCAUUGAGGGGGCUCAGAAGUGAAUCCAAGUGGAAUCUGGAUUUGGAAAAGAGUUUCUUGAACAUUUACCUUGGUUCUCGCUGGUUUUUCCUGUUUUUCCCCCCUUUUUCUUUUCUUUUUCCUUUAAAAAAAUUUUUUUGCCUUCCCCUCCCGUCCUCUUCUGUCAUUGGAGAUGAACACAGCUCGCUUGCAUCCCAGAAAGUAAUCGCCGUGACUGUUGCCCCCAAAGAGACAAGCACACAUGUAGGAAUGACAAAGGCUUGCGAAGGAAAGAGCGCAGCUCAAGGCCCAGAGAGAUCUUCUCGAUAAUGGAUUACUAAAUGGGAUACACGCCGUGCCAGUCCGCUCCGAGCCGCGGCCGCCUGCCCGUCGAUGCACCGAAAAGGGUGAAGUAGAGAAAUACGUCUCCCCGCUGAACUACUAUGAGGCCAGAAGCCUUGCUGCUAUGUCUCACACUGCUGCACAGCGCUGGGGCUGGUUUCCCAGAAGACUCUGAGCCAAUCAGUAUUUCGCAUGGCAACUAUACAAAACAGUAUCCGGUGUUUGUGGGCCACAAGCCAGGACGGAACACCACACAGAGGCACAGACUGGACAUCCAGAUGAUCAUGGUCAUGAACAGAACUCUCUACGUUGCUGCUCGGGACCAUAUUUAUACUGUUGAUAUAGACACAUCCCACACAGAAGAAAUUUAUUGUAGCAAAAAACUGACAUGGAAAUCUAGACAGGCUGAUGUAGACACGUGCAGGAUGAAGGGGAAACAUAAGGAUGAGUGUCACAAUUUCAUUAAAGUUCUUCUCAAGAAGAAUGAUGAUACCCUGUUUGUCUGUGGAACCAAUGCCUUCAACCCUUCCUGCAGAAACUACAAGAUCGAUACUUUGGAAACUUUUGGGGAUGAAUUUAGCGGAAUGGCCAGAUGCCCUUAUGAUGCCAAGCAUGCCAACAUUGCUCUGUUUGCAGAUGGAAAACUCUACUCUGCAACAGUAACUGACUUCCUGGCCAUUGAUGCAGUCAUUUACAGGAGCCUUGGAGACAGCCCUACCCUCAGGACAGUCAAACAUGAUUCAAAGUGGCUGAAAGAACCAUACUUUGUCCAAGCAGUGGAUUAUGGAGAAUAUAUCUACUUCUUCUUCAGAGAAAUUGCAGUAGAAUACAACACCAUGGGGAAGGUUGUUUUUCCCAGGGUGGCUCAGGUUUGUAAGAAUGACAUGGGAGGGUCUCAGAGAGUCCUGGAGAAGCAGUGGACAUCUUUCCUGAAGGCUCGCCUGAACUGCUCAGUGCCUGGAGACUCUCAUUUUUAUUUCAAUAUACUCCAGGCAGUUACAGAUGUGAUUCGCAUUAAUGGCCGUGAUGUUGUCUUGGCAACCUUUUCCACACCUUAUAACAGCAUCCCCGGGUCUGCAGUCUGUGCCUAUGACAUGCUUGACAUUGCCAAUGUUUUUACUGGGAGAUUCAAGGAACAGAAAUCUCCAGAUUCUACCUGGACUCCAGUUCCAGAUGAGCGCGUCCCUAAACCGAGGCCAGGGUGUUGUGCCGGCUCAUCGUCUUUAGAAAGAUAUGCAACCUCCAAUGAGUUUCCUGAUGACACCCUGAACUUCAUUAAGACACACCCACUCAUGGACGAGGCCGUACCUUCCAUCAUCAACCGACCUUGGUUCCUGAGAACGAUGGUCAGAUACCGCCUGACCAAAAUUGCAGUAGACAACGCUGCUGGGCCGUAUCAGAAUCACACUGUGGUUUUCCUGGGAUCAGAAAAGGGAAUCAUCUUGAAGUUCUUGGCCAGGAUAGGAAGCAGUGGUUUUCUAAAUGGCAGCCUUUUCCUGGAGGAGAUGAAUGUUUACAACCCAGAGAAGUGCAGCUACGAUGGUGUGGAAGACAAAAGGAUCAUGGGCAUGGAGCUCGACAGAGCCAGUGGCUCGCUGUAUGUUGCCUUCUCCACCUGUGUAAUAAAGGUGCCUGUUGGCCGGUGUGAACGACAUGGCAAGUGUAAAAAAACCUGUAUUGCCUCCAGAGACCCAUACUGUGGGUGGGUGAAGGAAAGUGGCUCCUGUGCCCAUCUGUCACCCCUUAGCAGGCUGACUUUUGAACAGGACAUAGAGCGUGGCAAUACAGAUGGCCUAGGAGACUGUCACAAUUCCUUCGUGGCACUGAAUGACAUUUCAACUCCUCUGCCAGAUUAUGAAAUGUCUUUCAACACAGUGUAUGGCCACUCCAGUUCCCUCUUGCCCAGCACCAGCACGUCAGAUUCGGCAUCCCGAGAGGGGUAUGAGUCUAGGGGAGGCAUGCUGGACUGGAACGACCUGCUCGAGGCACCCGACAGCACAGACCCUUUGGGGGCAGUGUCCUCACAUAACCACCAGGACAAGAAGGGAGUGAUUCGGGAAAGUUACCUCAAAAGCAACGACCAGCUCGUUCCGGUCACCCUCUUGGCCAUUGCAGUCAUUCUGGCUUUUGUCAUGGGGGCCGCCUUCUCGGGCGUCAUCGUGUAUUGUGUGUGCGGUCACCGGCGCAAAGACGUUGCAGUAGCGCAGCGCAAAGAGAAGGAGCUCACACACUCACGUCGGGGGUCUAUGAGCAGUGUCACCAAGCUCAGCGGCCUCUUUGGGGACACCCAGUCCAAAGACCCAAAGCCCGAGGCCAUCCUCACUCCACUCAUGCACAACGGCAAGCUGGCCACGCCUAGCAACACGGCCAAGAUGCUCAUCAAGGCUGAUCAGCAUCACCUAGACCUCACCGCCCUGCCCACCCCAGAAUCCACCCCGACACUGCAGCAGAAGCGCAAGCCCAACCGCGGCAGCCGCGAGUGGGAGAGGAACCAGAACCUCAUCAAUGCCUGCACCAAGGACAUGCCCCCUAUGGGCUCCCCUGUGAUUCCCACGGACCUGCCCCUUCGGGCCUCCCCAAGCCACAUCCCCAGCGUGGUGGUCCUGCCCAUCACGCAGCAGGGCUUCCAGCAUGAGUACGUGGAUCAGCCCAAAAUGAGCGAGGUGGUGGCUCAGAUGGCACUGGAGGACCAGGCUGCAACCCUGGAGUAUAAGACCAUCAAAGAGCACCUGAGCGGCAAGAGUCCCAACCAUGGGGUGAACCUUGUGGAGAACCUGGACAGCCUGCCCCCCAAAGUUCCACAGCGCGAGGCCUCCUUGGGCCCCCCAGGAGCCUCCCUGUCACAGACCGGCCUAAGCAAGCGGCUGGAAAUGCACCACUCCUCCUCCUACGGGCUUGAGUACAAGAGGAGCUACCCCACGAACUCGCUCACGAGAAGCCACCAGGCCUCCACCCUCAAAAGAAACAAUACUAACUCCUCCAAUUCCUCCCACCUCUCCAGGAACCAGAGCUUUGGCCGGGGAGACAACCCGCCUCCUGCCCCGCAGCGGGUGGACUCCAUCCAGGUGCACAGCUCCCAGCCCCCCGGCCAGGCCGUGACUGUUUCGAGGCAGCCCAGCCUCAAUGCCUACAACUCACUGACGAGGUCGGGGCUGAAGCGCACCCCCUCGCUAAAGCCAGACGUACCCCCCAAACCCUCCUUUGCUCCCCUUUCCACAUCCAUGAAGCCCAAUGAUGCGUGUACAUAAUCUCUGGGGUUGGGGGCCAGGAGUCAAAGCAUCAGACCAGGCGAGGCACCCACCCAGCUCAGCAAGGUCUCCACUGCCUCGAGUAUCCACCCGACCAAGAUGGCUCUGGAGGAGUUGAGGACGCCGGGUCCUCCUCCCUGGGACACAGGGACACUGAAAAUCGGGCCAUGUGGUUUGGUGAAGGUUUAGCAACAGUCACCUCCAUUCUCUUCCUUCACACAACUCGCCCACAUCGUACAGCAGGUCGGACUCACAAAAGACUUGACAAACAUGAGCCAAAAAGCACAUCCGUACCCCGUUCCCACAUGAACACACACCCACACCCAACACUCACACUCACACACACACACACAGUUGAACAACCACCACCACAUUUUGUCCCUGACUGCACGGGACAUUACCAAACUGGGCUAAGCGUUCGAAACUUUAAAACACAUUUUUCAAAAAAAAAGAAAAAGAAAAUUAAAAAAAAGAGUUCAUUGAUAAUUCUAACUCAGACUUUAACAAUGGCAGAAGUUUACUAUGCGCAGAUACUGUGAAAUGCCCACCAGUGUUACAGCAUUGCUAUAGCAGGUAAAUGCCAUGUUGGGCAACGAUGUCAUAGAUCUCUGCUCCUCUUCGCUUUUAAUGAAUAACGUGACCGUUAACGCAAGUAAUUCUUAUUUAUUGUUCACCCUUUUCUUUUUCCUUAAGGAAAAGACUUCCAAAUGCCACCGUAUGAACAGUUCUGCAGAAGCCCGUGGAAAGCUAAACUAUUUAACGUGAAAUCCAUUAACUGGAAUAAUUGAGUUUCUUUAUUUUUACAAUAAAUUCACUGAGUAAAUAAGUUGGAGCUGGAAUUCUGAGCUUUGUGUUUGGACUCUCGGGUCAGUAGCUAAAGGACCACAGUGCUAAGAGGGGAAUAUUUAUUUAAAUCUCCCAGUUAAUUUGUCAUUUCAGUCCAUUAAAAAUCCUUCGAGAUCCUAACUACCAACCAAGGGAGAAACGUUUAGAAGGGCACUUAUGCCCCAUUGCCAACACAUGGCUCUGUCUGAGGCCCCCACUGUCAUGAAGGCACCAGCUGUGAAGCCCCCCCCACAUCCCAAUUCACCUUGCAUGUGAGACAGCAAACAAAACUCCACAAACUGUGUGAACUAAUUAAUACGCUGGCUGCUACCUUGCAUAAAUUAUUGAUUUGGUCACACGGGUGUUUCGUGGGGUUACAUCUGUGAAUAGCCUGUUUUCCACAUGUAAAUUUGUGCCUUACACGCUGAGUUGUAUACGCUUGUAAACUGUCGUUAUGAUCAACUUUUUUUUUCCUACUUGAAAUAAAUGCAGAUAUUUAUUUAAACCCCACCCUUCACUCAGCCCUCUGGAAGACUGGAGUCAAGCAGAUGGAAAAAGAAGGCAGUAGUGGCGGCUGUAAUACCGAAGGCUGGGUGACACCCUCUUUUAGUUCACGAUGCCUUCAGUUGUGCCCGCGCUUGGCCGUGCUGCAAGCAUGCACCCCCAGUGUCGUGGGUGGCAAAUCCCCUUUCCCAGAGCUCUCUGCUCCCCUUAUAUUCCCAGAUCAUUUCAAUAUGGUGACAUCCUCCUGAGCCAGCAGAGGAGGGACUGAAGUCCCAGCCAUUAUUUCUGCUGUGUCCACUGACUGGAGAACUUGCUGUGGAGGUUGGGGAGGCAAAUGAGAGGAGUCUCCAAGCUGUGCCUUCAGCACACCCAUGCAAUGCACAGAGAAAACAAGGAAAUAGACGGGGCAGGCUGGUCCCUGCUGUGAUUAAUGGGUAUCCCCAAAUACAAGGCAAACCACAAUGGAUGCUGCAAAACCCAUUUUCUGGAGCAAAGGUUCUUUUGGUUUAAGUUCCUUUAUCUGUUUGUUGUUUAUAGAGGGUUGGGAGGGGGUAGUGUGUGUGGUUUUGUUUUGUUCUUUUCUCCCCUUGUUUUUCUUUUGCUAAAGCACACAGAAGGAACCUUUGUUUACUCCAUCAUAAACAAAAGGAUUGUCUGCACACUGUAAACCAUGAGCAUUGUUUUCAUAUAAACAGUUUAUUCGGUGGUCUCUUCGUCUCUUUCUUAUUCCAGUUUGGUCUGGAUUUAGUGUGUCUUAAAAAUAAAAAAUGGACUUUCAGGAGAAAGAAAAGAUUGACAAGGAAAACUUUGAAUUGGUUAGUUACUAUGUUGUAUCUGUAAUCAGAGCAGUCCCCCAGAGCCCGGAGUGUACAGCUGAGGGCAGGUGCACAGCCCUUUGUCCCAAGAGUCCUUUUGCAGAGCAGUGAGGCUGUUGCUUGGGGUACAUAAGAUGUCAUUGGGCUUUAUUUUACCUUUUAGUGAAGUCAUUGUUCGUGUCCUGUAACCACUGUGCCCUGAAACCAUGAAGACUUUCUAGAAACAGAUACUGUUUUCCCCCUUACCUUUUCUUUGCAAAUACAAAAUCUAUAAAGGUGAUGGGUCUCAGUCACCCUAUGACCUUCUUCUCACCGGUGUUAGAGUCCCAACAGUAUUGCCCCAACCUGUGUCCAUCUUAAUGGGCUUCAUUGCCUCAGCUGUGUUAAGGAGACCUGUGUCAAAACCCACAUCCCUGUAUCCCACAGCCCGUUGCUUUUGGUGUUAAUCCUGCAGUACCACGUCUAUUGAGCUGGUCUUCAGCAUUUAAGCAUCCCUCUCCCUUUCUGCCCUCAUCUUGUGUUGGGGUGUCAUUCAUAAACCCAAGCCACCCUUUGCCUGGCUAGACACUGUAGAUGCAGUAAACUCGGACUUACAUUGGUUGUAACAUUGUAAAAAUGUCAUGAUGUCACCAAUUUUUUCCUUCUGUCUCCACACACCGUAACAUCUGAUUCACAGUUUAAUCUAUGUUGUGAAAAGAAGAAGAGAAAAAAAGAAUGAAAAGGGGGGAAGAAAGGAAAAUCGAGGAAAGGGCUCUUUUAUUACUUACGAGUAAUAAAACCAGACUGUUCUACGUUA